AACCCUUCGAUCAAAACCCUUGUUUCGUAACCGCUCUCUCACACUCACUCUCUCUCUCUCUCUCUCUCUCUCUCUCUCUCUCUCUCUGACUGUAUAACAAAACAUUCGAAACUCACUCUCACUCGUUUACCUUUGUUUGCGUUAAGCAAAUGAAACUGGCAUGGCGAUGAUACAUUUUCAACGGCUGUCCACCGCCCCCGCUCCCGCCACCGCUUCCUCCUUCAUUUUCUCAAACACUUUUGCUGCCUCCGCCCUGUGUCUCCGCCGCUCCAUGGCCAAGCUGCAGUGGAGGGUGUUUGAGGCUUAUUCAUGCGCUUGCUUACCAUCUUCGUCAAAUUUGACAACGAAUGUAUACAGAAAUUAUAGGUUAAAUAAGUCCGGAGUUUCUUGCAUGAUCACGGCCAACCAUUCAAAGUUUGGGCCAAAUUUUCAUCCUUUCAGAAGAAGUGGCGAUGGGUCUGAAUGCGCUUUUACAUUUCAUUCUCAUCUUAAACAUGGUUCGCUUAAUUUUUUAGGGCCUGCUGGUAUUGUCAAUUGUGGCUCUUUUAAGAAUAGUUGCAGAUUGGGUUUAACUAAUCAUAGUGCUGGAGCUUUUCCCAAGAGGUUUUUCUCUCAAGUUCCAUCUGUGAUAAACAAAGGAGAGAGUGUGGGUGUCCAAGAUGGUAGGAAUAGUGGAAAUACGUUUUUUUUCAGAAGGCUUAUUAAAUGCAAGAAACGGAUAAAGGCAUUGGCAGCUCAAAGCAAAACCAAAGCUACUGAUUCUAGUAUCUCUAAAGAUGUUGAAGUAGAAGCCUUAACCGAACAGCAAGUUGGAAGUGAGAAGGGGGCUGGAAAAUUGGGAUCUUUGUGUUCUAGUUCUCCUAUAAGAAAUGAUACCCGGGUCUCAAAAGUCAAAGGGAAAAAGAGGUCGAAGAGCAAGAAAACUAAAGAACAAAUUUCUGCUGCAAAUCCUCCAGCAGAAGCUGCUAUGUCACAAAGUUCUAAGGUUACUUCUCAACCAAAGAAAUCUGGUGGUACCAAAAGUGGCAAACAGUCGGCGGAAGUUUCAGAGUUGAACCUCACUGCGAAAACUCCCGUGGAAAUUGUUGAUGUUUCUUCAACAAAAUCCCAGCCAAAGAAGAAAGGUGGGAACUCUUUUAGAAAGGGAAAAUUAAUAAAUUCAGAUACUAAGUCGCCACAGAAACUUAUACCACAAAAAAUAGGCAAAAUGAAACCUCAUGGGAAAAUGACACUGAAGCAGUUGUACCCCGCAACUGGGAAAACUGUAGUGGUGGUGGAAUCUGCUACAAAGGCGAAGGUUAUUCAGGGUUAUCUUGAUGAUAUGUUUGAAGUUCUUCCUAGCUAUGGUCAUGUAAGGGACUUGGCUGCUAGGUCUGGAUCUGUACGGCCUGAUGAUGAUUUUAGUAUGGUGUGGGAAGUUCCAUCUGCCGCCUGGACUCAUCUAAAUAGCAUAAAGGUUGCACUAACAGGAGCAGAAACUCUUAUUCUUGCAUCAGAUCCUGAUCGUGAAGGAGAGGCUAUUGCUUGGCAUAUUAUUGAGAUGCUGCAACAACAGGAUGCUUUACGUGAAGAUGUUACUGUAGCCAGGGUUGUUUUUCAUGAAAUCACUGAGGCCUCUAUCAAAAGCGCGCUGCAAGCUCCAAGAGAAAUUGAUGAGAACUUGGUCCAUGCUUACCUUGCACGGCGUGCACUUGAUUAUUUGAUUGGAUUUAAAAUUUCACCACUGUUGUGGAGGAAACUACCAGGUUGCCAGUCUGCGGGGCGAGUCCAAUCUGCUGCACUGGCUCUUCUGUGCGAUAGAGAAAUGGAAAUUGAUGAAUUUAAACCACAGGAAUAUUGGACUACUGCGGUUGAAUUGAAGAAAAAAGAAAAGGAUUCAUCAGUUAAUGCUCCAUCCUUCCCAGCAUACUUGACCCAUUAUGAUUCCAAAAAGCUAAAUCAAUUUUCUAUCAGUUCUCAUACCGAAGCAAAAGAAAUUGAACAGCAGAUUAAUUCAGAAAAUUUUCAAGUUGUUAAUUCUAAGAAAAACAAAAUGCGGAAGAAUCCUCCCACGCCGUAUAUAACAUCCACACUUCAGCAGGAUGCUGCCAACAAAUUACAUUUCAGUGCAGCAUAUACAAUGAAGCUUGCACAGAAACUUUACGAGGGGGUUCAGUUAUCUGAUGGUAAAGCAACGGGUUUGAUCACAUACACCCGAACAGAUGGACUACAUAUUUCUGAUGAAGCCUGUAAGGAUGUGCGCUCCUUGGUCAUUGAAAGGUAUGGACAGAAUUUUGCAUCAGAAAGUGCACGCAAAUUUUUUAAGAAAGUGAAGAAUUCCCAAGAGGCCCAUGAAGCAAUCAGACCCACUGAUGUUCGAAGAUUGCCAUCAUUGCUCCGCGGGGUACUUGAUGAAGAUUCCAUGAAGUUGUACACUCUUAUUUGGUGUCGGACAGUGGCAUGUCAGAUGGAGCCUGUUACAAUUGAGCAGAUACAACUCAAUAUUGGAAAUGCUCACAACUCCAUUGUUCUCCGCUCUUUGUCCUCAAGGGUUGAGUUCCCUGGAUAUCAGGCAGUCUUGGAGGACAUGGAAGCUCAAGCAGUCAAAUAUAAAGAACAUGAAGGGAACAGUCAUGACGAAGCUUUUGUACUUCUUAAUUCAUUGAAGUAUGGGGAUCCAUUAGAUAUUGGUAAAGUGGAACUCAAGGAGCACCGUACUCAACCUCCUCCCCGCUACUCUGAGGCAGCACUGAUUAAGAAAUUGGAGGAGCUUGGGAUUGGAAGACCUUCAACAUAUGCGAGCACUCUGAAGGUUUUACAGGGUAGAAACUAUGUGACAGUGAAAAGCCGUGUAUUACAUCCAGAAUUUCGUGGUCGUAUGGUGUCAGCAUUUCUCGGCAACCAUUUUUCCGAGGUCACAGAUUAUAGUUUUACUGCUGACAUGGAGACUGAGCUUGAUAAUGUCUCUGCUGGCUUGACUGAAUGGAAAGGCCUCCUUAAAGAUUAUUGGACCCGAUUCAGCACUUAUUGUGAACGUACCAGUACUGUUCAUAUUCAUCAGGUAGAGAAGAUGAUGGAGAAGAAAUUUGGAGACUUCUUGUUUGCUUCUCUUCCCGACCAAAGCAGGACAUGCCCAUAUUGUGCGGAAGGCAGUUUGAUUUUCAAAGUGAGUCGGUUCGGUGCUGGCUAUUUUAUAGGUUGUGAUCAACACCCACAGUGCAAAUACAUUGCUAAGACAUUUUACAGUGAUGAAGAAGAAGAAGAAGAAGAAGACGGUCAAAAAAAGAACAGCGGCAUGGAGGAACCAAAACUGCUAGGUCUAAGUCCAGUUUCCAGUGAAAAGGUUCUUUUGAAGAAAGGUCCUUACGGAUGCUAUGUACAACUUGGUGAAGACAGGAAGACUUACGUACCUAAAAGAGCCAAUGUAUCCCAUAUAAAGGAUGUGAACUCGAUUACCCUUGAAUAUGCGCUGGAGUUGCUGCGAUAUCCUGCGACAUUGGGAAAACAUCCAGCUGAUGGACAACCAGUCAUUUUAAAGGUUUCAAAGGUUGGGUUUGCAGUUAGACAUCGGCGCACAAUUGCUUCUGUUCCUAAGUAUAGCAAACCCACUGAAAUCACCCUCGAGGGUGCAUUGAAGCUUUUGUCUGGUAAGGAUGUAAGAAAAAUUGGUCGACCUACGAGAGAACAAAUUGAAGAAGCCCAAGCAGCACUAUGAUGAUCACUACCUUUCACAACUCAAUUCAUAUGAACAUUCACCAAUUCUCCCUCACAAGGUGGUUCAACUGAACGUGGGAUGCUGAAGUUCGUUCAGCACCCAGGGAGGUGUGUAUGCUUCUUGCUCCACGAGCUCCAAAUUCAGAAAUGCUGAGCAAAUUGAAAAACGACCUUAUUUUGUGCACGUACCUGCAUUGAAUUACUUAGGAUUCAGAAGUGAAGGAAACCAUUUUGUAUGGUCAAAUUUGCGCAUUUGCCUACUAUACACCGUAACACCGCAGAUACGGCGUAUUUUAUUACCGUAUAGGAUUACGGUAUUGAGUUCAGCUAGUAAUUGGUAGCCAUGUUCCAAGUUUGGGUGGGGAAUUUUACAUUUUUGUAAAGUAUAUUUAAGUUGCAAUUUCUUUAUAUUUUGUUCCGAAUAAUGACAUUUGAUCAUUUUUUUAUCAGACAUUUGAUAAAUUAAAUAAUGUACUAAUUGUUUCAUGGAAACAUUUUAUUUGGUGCCAAGCUGAGCACAUCUAAUUGAGAAUUGGCCUCUGUAGAAGGUGAAAGAAUAUGAGAAGGAUUGUAAAUAUCAGAUUAGUUUGGUGUAUUUUAUUGAUUGCAUUGCGA